AUGCAUUUGUUUGCCAAAGGACGAAAGAUGACAGAAGUCAAGAAUUCGAAAAACUGGCGUUCCGGCCUCAGUGUUGCUGAAUGUAACAGAUAUAUGCUUAAAAACGAGAUCCAUUGUGAUGUCUCAUUCAAGGUUGGGAAAGAAGGAAAGCUUGUUCGCGCUCAUAAGUAUGUUUUAGCGUGCAGAAGUCCCGUGUUUGACGCAAUGUUGUAUGGUGACCUGGCGGAAGCUAAUGACAUUAAAAUUCCUGAUAUUGAGCCAUCUGUAUUUCAUGUUCUUUUAAGAUUUCUGUAUUGCGGUGAUGUUGAUGUUACUGAGGAUACAGUAAUCGGGGCAUUGUACGCUGCUGAAAAAUAUGAUGUUGAGGAAUUGAAAAAAGCAUCGCAAUCAUAUCUAGAUGAAAAUAUUAGAACGGAAACUGUCUGUGUAAUCCUUGAAUCUGCAAAGUUAUUCAAGUUUGAAAGUCUGAACGAAAAAUGUAUGGAUUUCAUUGAAAAAAAUUGUGUUUCAGUAUUUCAGUCGCCGUCUGCUUUAGGACUAAUGAAAGAAACCCUCAGCGAGGUAGUCUCGUCUGAGAACCUAGAUAUAGAGGAGAUUGAGAUAUAUCACUUUCUAAUAAAAUGGGCUGAAAAUAAAUGCGAAAGGAAAAAUAUGGUAAAGUCUGAUGAAAAUAUCAGAAAAGAAAUGGGAGAUGUCAUAUAUCAAGUUCGUUUUCAGUCAAUGAAUUUAGAAACAUUUGCAAAAGAAGUUUGCAAACGGCAAAUACUAAAUCCUGAAGAGAUGAUUAAUUUACAGCAAAUAAUUGUUGGUAAUAUAAACAAACGAAACACAAAAUUCAAUCUUGGAAAACAGAGAUAUAAAACGUUUACGGUUUUACGAAGCAGUGGGCCGAAUGCUGGCUGGGGUUAUUCGGGUCCCGAGGACAGUUUAGAAUUUACUGUAAACAGAAAUGUUAAACUUCAUGGUUUUCUGAUGUGGGGAGGAAAGUCGGUUCCAUAUACAUACACGGUUGUGGGCAAAUUGCUUGAAAACUCGACUGAUGUCGGAGACAUACCUUCUCAGAUAAUAGAGAAAACCGAUUCUAUGGAUUAUCAGUUUGAAGUUAAACUGAGGAAGCCCGUGGUUUUAUUUCCUAACAAGAGAUACAGAGUUUGGGUUAAAUUACAAGGACCUAGCAGCUGGAACGGUAAAACAUACAAACAGUCCGUUAACGAACAGGGUGUCCAGAUAAAAUUUUAUACGCAUAGAGGGGAGAAUAAUUGGACUUCGGAUACUGAUGGACAGUUUCCGGGAUUAAUCCUGUCAUUGUAAUGAGGUGAUAUACGUUAAUUCCGUGGCAACAUCAAACUAAUAAUAUCUGUUCGUAUAUAUGGCAUAUAAACUGUUUAUUUUUCGAUGAAAAAUCAACACAGACUUGUACAGGGUGUUUCAUAAUAUAUGUUACAUUUUGAGUCCUCAAUUUGACAGACAAAAGAAAAAGAAACAGAUAAGUCUUUUCAUCAAAUUGAUGCACAUAUCCAUAAGAUUCAUAAUGUUCAAUUACCAAGUAAGAUAUUAAACACUGAAGAAAAUCUUAAACAUUAAUGAAAAUUAGUAAAAUUUCCAAGUUGUGCCAUUUUUGCUACGUUGAAUUUCACAACGUCAAAAGUUCACAUUACAUGUUCCAAAUGAUCUCCAUUAAUUCAACAAUAAAUGAAGUUGCUUCUUGAAAUUUGUAUGUAAUCUUGUCACAUAUUUUUGCUUAGAUACUCCUCAUUUGAAGGUACACAUUCUUUUUGAGCUCAUUCAGUACCUGUGGUUUACGAUUGUACACCCUAUUCCUUACGAACCCCUCAGAAAACUAGAGCCCAAAAAUUGAGAUUGUCGAAUGCAGAGGUCAAACUGUUUCCUUGCAUUAAUUAUUGAAAAUUUGUAUACUAAUUACUUCAGAUCAUAUUUAAAAGUGCAUUAUAAGCUGAAAAUGCCGAUAUUACCAUAAUAAAUUUCUGAAAAUAUCUUUCAGACACUUAUCUCAGAAGUGUGCUACAUUGAAGAUCGUGUCUCAACUUCAGCAAUAAAAUCUCCACUUCUUAAAGUCUUCAGGCUUUCUGGAAUACUGUGUCAUUUAUUGCAUACUGUCCGUCCCUGUCCUAGCUUUAACCUUGUUACUACCCUUCUGAUAAGCAUCUUAGAAAGCUUCUGUUUUUUUUUGGUUUUUUCAACUUGUGAAUGAAUGGAAUGAAUAUUGGCGACAAGAUUUGAAAAAAAAACAGCUUUACAAUUCAGCACUGAGUGUAUAAGUCAAGUCGAUUUUGAGAAAUAUUCAUAUUAUGACAUCAACAUUUAUAGAACAAUUAAUCAUUGCAAGACCAUGAUUUCCUUGACUUUUUCAAAAAUGCAGGGUUCGAUGUUUAAAAUGAUAUAAUGGUUGAAAGACUGUAUACAGGGUUAUUUUCGCCCCGUCUUAUUUUCGCCCUUUCACACUUGCAAACAAUUUUGCCCCGUUUUAAAUUCGCCCAGUCAUAGUUUUGUUUAAGAAAUACUACUGUAUUCUUUGAAUUCGCCCCGUUUUAAAUUCGCCCAAAUGAGGGUCGGGCGAAAGGGGCGAAAAUAAAACGGGGGCGAAAAUUUCCCUGUAUACAGUAGAAAUAUGUUAGGUAAGAAAAAUAAUUAGAUCUGAAAAUGUAACAUAUAUUAUGAAACACCCUGUAUUUGAUUCAUUAUAUUCUUUUCACUACUU